AUGGGCGGGCUCGACGGGCCCCGACGGGGGGUCCCCCAGGCGCUGCUGCCGGCGCUGCUGCUACACCUGGCGCAGGUGAGGCGGGAGGGGACCCGGGCACGGCCGAGCCCUGCUCGCAGCCGCCGGGAAGCGCGCCUCGCCCGCCGACAGACCGACGGGGCGGGCGGGACACGUCCCGCUCGCCGCCCCCGGCCGAUCCUGCGCCCUGGGGCCCCGCAGCGCUGGAGCUGGGGGCCGCCCUGGGGCCGGCGUGCCAAGGAAGCCCCCCUCCCCACCCCCGGCUCUGUUUGCGCAGGGCGGGACAGAGGCUCUGCCCCGGAAGGGCUGCUUUUCGUCUCCACCCUGGACGGCAACCUCCACGCCGUGAGUAAGAGGACCGGGGCCGUCAAGUGGACGCUGGAGGAUGCGCCAACCCUGCAGGUGCCAGUGGACAUGGCUGAGCCAGCCUUUCUUCCGGACCCCAACGACGGCAGCCUGUACAUCCUGGGGGGCAAAAACAAAGAGGGCCUGAUGAAACUGCCAUUCACCAUCCCGCAGCUGGUGCAGUCUUCCCCCUGCCGGAGCUCUGACGGAGUUCUCUACACAGGCAAGAAGGAGGACACAUGGUUCGUGGUGGACCCGGCAUCGGGCCAGAAGCAGACCACCCUCUCCACAGAGGCCUGGGACGGGCUAUGCCCCUCGGCCCCUUUGCUCUUCAUUGGACGCACCCAGUACAUCAUCACCAUGUACGACACCAAGACCCGCGAACUGCGGUGGAAUGGCACUUACCUGGACUACUCUGCUCCGCUUCAUGAUCCAAACGAUGAAUAUGGUGAGUUGCGGGUGAGAAUGGCUCAUUUUGCUUCGAGCGGAGAGGGGCUGCUGGUGACCCUGGCCCAGGCCAGCGGGGAGCUGCUGUGGAUGCAGGACUAUGGGUCUCCAGUGGUGGGGGUCUACACCUGGCGCCAGGACAGCUUGCGGCGCCUGCCCCACCUCAACGUCGGCACAGAGAGCCUGCGCUACCUGGCCUUGCGCUCCCAGGGCCUCCACCUCCUCAACUGGAACUCUCGCUCUGCCAAGGAAUUUGCCGCCAAGACACAGCUGCUGCCAACGCUCUACGUGGGCAAAGAUGCCACAUGCCUCUACGCCUUGACGUCCCUGGUGCACGAGGGAGUGGCGCUGGUGCCUCGGGGGGUGACCCUGGCGCGGGUCAGCGGCCCCACUACUGCAGAGGUCACGCUCCAAAAGUCCGGCGAGUGUGAAAUCACGCCCAGCACAGACGUCAGGUACCCGCAGGGCAGCGUCACCCUUCCUCCCAGCCGGUGGCUGCUCAUAGGGCACCACGAGCUGCCCCCCGUGGUCCACACGACCAUGCUCAGGGCCUUUCCCGAGACCCUGAGGAGGACCCCCGAGGCCUUGAUGACCCCCACGUCCCCUCCCAGGACACUCUUCGAUGAACUUCUGACAGAAGGCGGCCCUGAGGAUGGAGCUGAUGAGGGGCGAUAUUCAGCGGAGCCCCCCCUGGAGCCAAUGGAGUCUGACCCAGCGUUUGGCCCCUGGGAACUCGUGGCGCCCGGAGUCGUGGCUGUGUUUUUUGGCGGGGGGGUCCUUUUCCUCAUGCUCUGGCAAAUGCAGCGGCAGAACCGAGAUCAGCAGCGGCACCUGGAACGGCGGCUGGAGGAGCUCUUGCAGCACCCAGGGGCCCUGGGGGGUCUGCCUCCCAGGCGCACCCCAGUGGAGCAACUCCCGGCGGCCCCCAGCACUGUGCCAGAUAUAGCCCCAAGGGGGUCCCUGCAGCAGCAGGAGCUCAGCAGUGGCCUCCCUUCCGCCGAGGGGAAGUCCGACUGCAGCGCCACCCCAGCGGCAGCAGCAGCGACUAACUCUGAAAUCCUCAUUGUGGGGAAGAUCUCCUUCAACCCCAAGGACGUGGUGGGCCGUGGGGCGGGGGGCACCUGUGUCUUCAGGGGCCACUUCGACGGGCGCAGGGUGGCGGUGAAGCGCCUCUUGCCGGAGAGCACCCACCUGGUGGACCGGGAGGUCCAGCUGCUCCGCGAAUCGGACGAGCACCCCAACGUUGUGCGCUACUUCUGCACGGAGAAGGACCGGCAGUUCCACUACCUGGCCCUGGAGCUGUGUGCUGGGACGCUGCAGGAAUAUGUGGAGAGCCCCACCCUCGGCAGCCGGGUCCUGGACCCUGUCUCGUUGCUACAACAAACUAUGUCUGGUUUGGCGCAUUUGCAUUCCCUUGGCAUAGCCCACCGCGACUUGAAGCCCUGCAACAUCCUGAUCUCGGCCCCCGACUGCCACGGGAAAAUCCGCGCCGUCAUCUCUGACUUUGGCCUCUGCAAGAAGCUGGAGGCCGGCCGUGAGAGCUUCAGCCUGCGCUCGGGCAUCCCGGGCACCGAGGGCUGGAUUGCUCCCGAGGUGCUGCGAGAGGCCCCACAGGGGAACCCGACAUGCGCCGUGGACAUCUUCUCAGCCGGCUGCGUCUUUUACUACGUCGUAUCUGGAGGGCGGCAUCCCUUCGGAGACCGUUUGCAUCGCCAGGCCAAUAUCCUGGCUGGGGCCUACCGGCUGGAGCACCUGCAGCCGGAGACGCACGACAACGUUGUUGGCCGGGAGUUGAUAGAAGCCAUGAUCAGCAGCGACCCCCGCGGGCGCCCCUCUGCUGCCUGGGUCCUGGCAAGCCCCUUCUUCUGGAGCCGAGAGAAGCAGCUGCAGUUUUUCCAGGACGUCAGUGACAGGCUAGAAAAGGAGCCGGUGGGCGGGCCCCUUCUCAGCGUGCUGGAGGCCGGAGGAGAGGUGGUCGUGAGGGGCAACUGGCGGGCCCAGAUCUCCAUCCCAUUGCAGACAGACCUCAGGAAGUUCCGGGCGUACAAAGGCCAGUCGGUGCGGGACCUCUUGAGGGCCAUGAGGAAUAAGAAGCAUCAUUACCGCGAGCUGCCCGCGGAGGUCCAGGAGACCCUCGGCGCCGUCCCUCACGAGUUUGUACAGUACUUUACAUCCCGCUUCCCCCGCCUCCUCCUGCACACCCACCAGGCCAUGCGGGCCUGUGCCGGCGAGAGGCUGCUGCGGCCGUAUUACCACCCUGAACCGUGA